AUGCCAACAGUCCUUGAAAUACCUAAAAAGAUACCUAUCAAGCCCCCCGUUAUUGUCAAAAUUGGGGGAAGGCGAACAGUUGCUAAUAUAUGUAGCGGUCUCGGAAGUAGCGGACUUGAACUGGACCGAGGACUUGGCUCCAAGGUCAUCAAGAUAAAAUGUGAUUCCCAGCUGGUAGUAAACCAAGUGUACGGGAUUUUUGACACCAAUGAAGAACACAUGCAACAGUAUGUGAAAGAGGUUCAGGCAUUGCUUACACAAUUCAGGGAAUGGUCGAUCAUUCACAUUCCAAGGGAAGAAAAUGUGGAAGCAUAUGCAUUGGCCAAUUUAGGGCCGCACUUCAUAGGCUCAAAAGUCAUAAAGUUUUUGGAAAAUCUGAAAAUCAAGAGGAUUACAUCUUCACCAUACCAUCCGAGUGCUGACAGACAAGCAAAAUCAACAAAUAAGGUGAUUAUCCAAAACCUUAAAAAGAAGCUAGAGGCUGCUAAAGGAAAAUGGCUCGAAGAGUUACCAGGUGUACAAUGGGCAUACCGAACAACGACAAAGUCAAGCACGGGAGAAACACCUUUCUCUCUCGUAUAUGGUGUGGAAGCUCUUAUACCGGUGGAAGUAGGGGAACCAACUUUAAGGUUUUCCCAAUCAAACGAAGAAGCAAACAAUGAUGCGUUCUUGGUGAGGCUAGACUUGCUAGACGAACACAGGGACUUGGCAUACGUGAGGAUGGUGGCCCAAGAGCAAAUGAUGGAAAGAUAUUAUAAUCAGAGGGACAACCUCCGCUACUUCAAAAUAGGAGACUUGGUUUUGAGAAAGGUGACUCAGAGCACUCGGGAAGUCAACACCAGGAAGUUAGGUCCAAUAUGGGAAAGUCCUUACCGGAUUUCAGCUGUUACUGGUAAUGGAUCGUAUGAAUUGGAGAAUCAAAAUGGAUUCAAGUUGCCCAGUAAUUGGAUCGUGACUCAUCUCAAAAGGUACUACUACUGA